UAUACGGUGUUGGUUCAUAUGCUCCACGCGUUGCAUUUAAAGCUUUUAUAGUACCCAGCAUUCGUUCUACAGCUCAUUUCUCGUCCUCUCUACGCGUGUAUCUCUCUCUCUCUCUCUCUCUCUCUACACAGAAAACCUCUGUUUCUUUUUCUCUACAGUCCAUCCUCUUCUUCCCUAAAUCUUCGUUUUUCGCUCUAAUUUCAGCCCUAUAUUGGUAUAUCAGAAAAACCUGAUGCCCGAAACAUUCGGAGGAGAAUUCGUGUAAGCCCAUUCAAGAAAUCAACGAGAAGAAAGCAAAUAUUAAGAAAUUCAAAGAAAAAGAAGCAACUUUCUUUGCUUUGUUGGAAAAAGGUGAUUGAAUUGCGGGUCAAAGUGUUUGAAAAGGGCAAAUUUAUACGGACGUACACAUAUUAUUUUGUAUAGGUAUAAAUAGACUCCGGCAAUGAGAAUGAGAGGAGAAAUAGCGUAUACUAAAGAAGGAGAAAACGAAAAAGAGGUGGGAAAAGACGCAGACCUGGAGGAAGAGAAAAUGGUGGCACAGAGGAGAUAUACGGUGGCAGCGGUGGGAGGAGGGUUUUCGCCACCGUCGACGAUGAAGGUGGUGGUGGUGGGAUAUGCUCUUACUUCCAAGAAGGUCAAGAGCUUUUUACAACCCAAGCUUGAAGGAUUAGCUAGGAACAAGGGAAUUCUAUUUGUUGCUAUUGACCAUAGUAAACCCCUUUCAGAUCAAGGUCCUUUUGAUAUUGUGUUGCAUAAGUUAUCUGGAAAAGAAUGGCGGCACAUACUGGAGGUGGUUGGAGUUUGGCCUACCCCUUUCAUGCUUACCAAUGAAAAACAUCAUUCCUUUCAAGUGGAUUAUCGACAGACGCAUCCCAAUGUUACAGUUCUUGAUCCUCCUGAUGCCAUACAGCAUGUGUACAACCGUCAAUCAAUGCUUCAGGAUGUUGCUGACCUGAAUCUGUCUGACUCACAUGGUAAAGUUGGUGUCCCUAAGCAAUUGGUUAUCAAAAAAGACCCAUCAUCUAUCCCUGAUGCAGUGAACAAGACUGGGCUGAGGCUACCCAUUGUGGCAAAACCAUUGGUUGCAAAGUCACAUGAGCUCUCUCUUGCCUAUGAUGAGUUCUCCCUCCAGAAUCUUGAACCCCCACUUGUGCUGCAGGAAUUCAUUAAUCAUGGUGGUGUGCUGUUCAAAGUAUAUAUUGUUGGGGAAGCAAUUAAGGUGGUACGUCGUUUCUCCUUGCCUGAUGUCAGCAAGCGUGAACUAUCCAAGAAUGCUGGUGUUUAUCGCUUUCCUAGAGUAUCUUGUGCUGCUGCAUCUGCUGAUGAAGCAGAUUUGGAUCCAUGUGUUGCUGAGCUCCCGCCAAGACCAUUACUCGAGAGAUUGGCCAGGGAACUACGUCAACGACUGGGUCUCCGACUGUUCAACUUGGAUAUAAUUCGUGAACACGGCACUCGAGACCAUUACUAUGUGAUAGAUAUAAACUAUUUUCCAGGAUAUGGGAAAAUGCCAGAAUAUGAGCAUAUAUUUACAGAUUUCCUUUUGAGCCUGGUAAAAAGCAAGUAGAAAGUAAACGCCUGGCAAGAGUUUUGUAGAGGAUAUGAACAAGCCCUUGGUGUACAAGAACUGAUAAUUCAUGGCAAAAAUUAUGCAGCAGGAAAAAAUGACGCCAUCCCUGGGACAAUGUGGCAAAUAGUUGCCCGAUGAUCAUUGAAGGGCAAAGAAUUCUAAAAAUCUUUUCCUUAGUUCUGAUCCCUAGGAAAAAUUGUCAGGUAGGGGGCAAUGAUCUUGGAGAAGGUGCAUCCCCGUGAAGGCCAUAUUUGUUCAUAUUUCCAGCUUUAUUCACUUCUCCCAUAUUCCUGUCCAUAUGCACCCGCAAAAGUAUGGCCAUUCACACAACUGCAUCAUUGAUGGUUUGGAUAGUUUUUAGCAGUCAGCUGGCGCCUGGUAAAUUCUAAUCUAAGGCCCACCCUAUUCGUGUAAAUCCUUCUUAGCCCUGCAGUAUGUAGAAUUUACUUUGAAGUCACAUUUUCUGGUCUCAUUUUCCCGGAUACUGUAUUCUAUAUUUGUGAAUGGGAAUCUGGGCUGGACAAGGUUACAAUUGAAGAAGGAUGUGAUAUGCUUUUGUUCUUUUAUCA